AUGACGGUUGCAAGUCCCAUCUUCAACUACCUCUCCGACGACCCGCAAGCCUACCUCCUCCUGCUCAAAGACUACAUCCGCCCCAACCCGGACAUCUGCACCCUCUGCAAAGCCCGCUGCCUCGACUCCUUUAUCAAAACAGCCUCAGCCCCCGGUCUAGCGUGGAACCGACUCUGUCCCGAUGGCCGUCUCCGCCCUGCACACACGCGUCUCGACGCCCGACUUUCCGCACUAGGCAUCACCGCCUCCAACGCCUUCGGACUGCAUCUUUCCGAAGACGAGGUGGACAUGGUCUUCCAGCCCGCUGCGAGACGGCUGACGAUUGAUCGCGGGUGGGACGACCUCGUCUCCGCUGUCAUGGCCAUGACUGCUUACCGCGGCCGCGCAAGGCCAGAUCAGUACGACGCUGCCAACUCCCAACAUGGCACCGAUCGCUAUGCGCUGGGGAAGAAGAUGAGGCAUAUGUGCUGCAGCCGGUUCACGGGUUACGACCUCGUCCGACCGAGAGGCGGGCAGAUUGAGUUUUGGCUGUUCAACCUCGGCCAGCUGUUAUCUGAAGGGGCGGGGAUAUUUCUCUGCUCCGACACUUCCACCUCUACAACCGACGAGACAGAAGAGAAAGACAGCUGUACCUGCCCAAUCUUCACACCUCUCUCCGGGCGACACCCCGACACGUUUACCGGGUUCGAAUGGAUCAACCUCGUCCUCUCCGUCGCCCAGUCCCGCAUUGCUCCAGACCUCCGUUCCGCUUGCUCGUCACGUGCAAGUCCCUUCCAGUUCACCGAGGACCUCAGAGCCCCCUACAAUUCAAGUCACCACCCCUUAUCCCCAGGCUACGACUGCGCCCAGGACCAAAGCUGGUACCAGCCUCCCUUCGGCUACAGCCGCAUCAGACGGUACAUCCACUCCUUGAACACCGAUUUCCAGGGAGACAUCGUUAACACUGAUGCGCGGGACGUUGAAGUUUCUUUUUUAUUUGGGUUUGAUGUGUCUACCGGGUGUCACCCCCUUGAUGCCAUGUCUUGUCACUCCGAAACGGCAAACAUACAAAACAGAGACAAGUUCCUCCUAGCGAUCUUCCAAGACUGGUACAGAUCUCCAUGGUGGUUCCACCCGCAUCACCAAACCCUCGAGACCUUUUCGAGAACAAGACUGGCGCAUCAUCUAAGGGGAAGUAUGUUGACGACGUUCAUUGCGUUGAACAAGAACUUCAAGUUGAACAGGUCGAUGGAAGGGAAUCGUGCUGAAAGCGGGGUGGAUUGGGUUACUGCUUCGGCUUUUCAGUUCGUUCCCUUUCCUGGUGGUGAACCACAUCCGAUGAAACAAGUCUUUGAAGCGGCUGUUAGAGAGUUACGGAAGAGAGUGAGGGACGUGUGGCAGGUGUCGCUGGAUGCGAAUAAGAGGGAGGGGGUGAAGCCGUUUCGCGAGGGGAUGCCGAGCAGACGGGGGUCAUGGGAAUGGGGGGACGAGUUGCUGAUUGAUUGGUCGAGGGACAGUGGUGAAGAAGACAUAGACAGCGCGGAGGGGGAGGUUAGAUAUGGGGAGUGGGAAGGGGCGGAUUGGGAGGAUAUGGGUCUUUAUUGGGGACCGGAAAGGUGUGUGAGGACGGGGUUGGAGUUGGAGUACAUGUACAUGUAGACGGACUGAAUGCUACUAUGUACGUCAUGGGGUUGAAGGAAGGGUAUCUAGGAAAGGCUACAAGGGGGGAGUUGGGGGACAAGCUGAGGGUAGUGCCUAGGUAGGUAGAUACCAACUCUGGUGGGCAUAGGCAAAUCGGAAAGGCGAAAAAAAGAACUUGGGGGGUUAGAGGCACCUACUUGCGAGGUAGCGGUCCUCUUAAGCAACAGGCCGGAGCUGAGUGAAAAGACAGCAGAUGACUGGGAAGGAACUUAC